GUUGCAAGGUGGUGAUCUGUGGGAAGAGAGAGAGAGAGAGAGAGAGAGACAGAGAGAGUGAUUCAGCAUCAGCCAACCUGCGUCCACCUCUGCUCCUUUUUCCUUAAGACACAUAUUUUUUGAUGAAUUAAUUCUCCAUCUCUCUGAUCGUCUGAAUCAAGCCGUUGGCACAGCUAUGGUCGCCGCCGCAACACUGUCUCCCGUCGGGAUGUUUUGAGAGAGAUAAGGACCGUCACCGGACUGGGGAUCGUCAUCAGCUGGCACGGAAUGGUAUUUAUGAGCAGACAUUUCUUAUAUAACUGCAGCGAACCAAUCCUGGAUGUGAAGAUAGCCUUUUGUCAGGUGUGUGUUCCUUACAGGUAAAAAAGGGUUUUGGAAAACAAGUGGAUGUGUCAUAUAUUGCCAAGCAUUACAACAUGAGCAAAAGCAAAGUGGAUAACCAGUUCUACAGUGUGGAAGUGGGAGACUCCACCUUCACAGUUUUAAAACGUUACCAGAAUUUAAAGCCCAUCGGCUCCGGGGCUCAGGGAAUUGUCUGUGCGGGUUACGACGCUGUUCUGGACAGAAAUGUAGCCAUCAAGAAGCUGAGCCGACCCUUCCAGAACCAGACCCACGCCAAGAGGGCAUACCGGGAGUUGGUGCUCAUGAAAUGCGUCAAUCACAAAAAUAUCAUCAGUUUACUAAAUGUCUCCACGCCACAGAAAUCAUUAGAGGACUUCCAGGAUGUGUACCUAGCAAUGGAGCUGAUGGAUGCCAACCUGUGCCAGGUGAUACAGAUGGAGCUGGACCAUGAGCGAAUGUCCUACCUGCUCUACCAGAUGCUGUGUGGUAUCAAACAUCUGCACGCAGCUGGCAUUAUUCACAGGGAUCUCAAACCAAGCAAUAUAGUGGUGAAGUCAGACUGCACCUUGAAGAUCCUGGACUUCGGUCUGGCGAGGACCGCGGGCACGAGCUUCAUGAUGACCCCCUAUGUGGUGACUAGAUACUACAGAGCCCCGGAGGUUAUCCUGGGCAUGGGAUACAAAGAGAAUGUGGAUAUAUGGUCGGUGGGGUGCAUUAUGGGAGAAAUGGUUCGCCACAAAAUCCUUUUCCCUGGCCGGGACUACAUCGACCAGUGGAACAAGGUGAUCGAGCAGCUGGGCACGCCCGCAGCAGAGUUCAUGAAGAAGCUUCAGCCCACGGUGAGGAACUACGUGGAGAACCGGCCAAAGUACGCAGGCCUCACCUUCCCCAAGCUGUUCCCCGACUGCCUCUUCCCCGCCGACUCCGAGCACAACAAACUCAAAGCCAGCCAGGCCAGAGACCUGCUGUCUAAGAUGUUGAUCAUCGACCCGGCCAAACGGAUAUCUGUGGACGAGGCCUUACAGCACCCCUACAUCAACGUGUGGUACGACCCGGCUGAGGUGGAGGCGGCCAGAGAUCUCAUCCAAAUAUCCAUGCCUCCACCUGCGAUCUAUGACAAGCAACUGGAUGAAAGAGAACACUCCAUUGAUGAAUGGAAAGAACUCAUCUACAAAGAGGUGAUGAACUUUGAGGAGAGAACGAAGAAUGGCGUAGUGAAGGGACAGCCUUCACCUUCAGGUGCAGCCGUGAACAGCAGCGAGAGCCUCCCUCCCUCCCCCUCCAUCAACGACAUCUCCUCCAUGUCCACCGACCAGACCCUGGCCUCAGACACUGACAGCAGCUUGGAGACCUCCGCAGGACCCCUGGGGUGUUGCAGGUGACUAGCCGCCUGCCUGCGCAACCCCAUGUUCUUCCGGAGGUGAAGAACCCGACGAUCGAAAUGGAAAAAAAAGAAAUAGUAAAAAAGAAAAAAAGAGAAAAGAUCAAAAUGAAUAUAUAUUAAGAGCAAAAAAGUUAUGGGAUCUGAAAUGAUGAAAUCUAAAAGCCUGUGCAUUGUCAUUCAAAAACAGCAGUGGUAUUUAAACUGAAGUAAAUGAGCUGAGGUGUAUGUUAAUGAUUCUCUAGUUGCUUUGCUUAUAUUACCCAAAUAUCUUGUAUAUGGCAUCCGAAACAAAACGACCAAACGCUUCGACUGGCAUCCUCAAAGUGCAAAGUGCAUAAUGGCUGGCUGCUGGUCCCCCAACUCCUCACAAACGCAUUUAUGCUCCAGUCAUUGUGGCAAGGUGGGCUGCCCUUUGUGCUCAUCGCUACUGUACAAUACAAACCCCAUUCUCCUUUUACCCCCUCUUUCCCCCCCCACCCGGCCCUUAUGUAAUGACACUGCUGUAUUUCAACCCCCCAGCCCGACACAAUCCCCGAUGUAAGGUUGCCUGAAUUUGCGUGUUUGUGUGUGGUUACUCUGCAGGGAUACGUAGUCACUCUCACCCAGAGCGACGCCACCCCCCCCCCCCCCCCUGUGAUACUUGUAAAUAAUGUAAUUCUGUACAGCUGAAGGGCACACAGAGUGGGACUGACGGCCAGUACACUGGGAGUUUCUGCUUGGUUUAUAUUAUUUUAAACUUCAUUUUCCACACUAUAGCGCACCUUGCCACAUCGCCACUUUCAACCUCAGUUGCACCCCCCCCCCCUCCGCCUAUUGCUGUAGUCCUGCAUGAUUAGAUUUAAAACAGUGCUAAUCUCACUGUAUGCUAAAAAUGAGUCUGCAUAGAGACUUUUGUUUAUAUAUGCUGUAAAACUAACACAACUCCAAGACAUGUGGGGGGAGAAUGUGUGUGAGUGUGCGUGAGUGUGUGUGUACUGAGGCUACGUCCACACUACUGCCUCUCCGUAGAACACUCAGUGGUUUUAGAGCUCCUAAAAUGAAGAAGUUUGGAAAACGCUGCUUAAAACGCUGUUUAAGUUUGAAAACAUGUUUUUAGUCUGGACGGAUAGAAACAGAGAUGUUUGGAAACAAAGACGCAACCACUUGCUGAUUGGGUCUUUGCGGUCACAACAUAGCCUUUGCUGAUUCGUCAGGCUCCUGUCACAUGACCCCCUUCCAGAACCAAAACAACCGGCAUCAGCCUCGGUGUAGAACCAGGGUACAACACGACAUCGAUAAUGAAUUCCAAGCUCUGCUGACCCUGUUGUCUUUGCACCCAGCUGUCGCGCAGUUAAAUGCUGCAUCGUAUAUGCUGCACGUACACUGGGCAUGUGCAUGCCCAGUGUACGUGAGUGGUCACAUGACAUGUGUUUUAUUUUGGCGUGUUAGUAUGGACGGGGAUUCAUUCUGAUAUGGAGCCUAAACACUUGUGUGGACAGUAAGUGGAAGUGGCGUUUUCAAAUUAAAACAUAGUCCUGUGGAUGUAGCCUCAGACUUCAGUGAAUGUCAGGUCUGCGUUUGGACUCAAAAGGGUCAUCACCCUCCCAAACUACGGAUUUGUGCGUAAUGUCCCUUUCUUUUUAUUAUCCCUGGCAGCAUAUGAUUGGCCCCUCCACCACUUCUGCAUGUCAUUGUGUACCAAUAACCCCUCGUAGGCACACAAGGUCGGUCUAAAUUUCCCUUUGGCGCCCCCACUCGUGUAUGAUUCGACUCUUUGACACACAGAACACUUUCAGAAGGAGAAACGAGUGACUUGGUCGGUAGUUUGAAGUCGGCCGAUGAGUGUUAACGUUGUAGCAAUGACUUUAAAUUUCAAGUCACGCCCACAAAAAACACAUGCCGUGUUUUUCAUAUAUAAAGGGAACUGGACACCGGCAUCCCCGUCCGCUAUGUUUUAUUUUUCAGCUUUGACAUUGAUUUAUUGAUUGAUUUAUUUAUUGAAACAGACGGAACCUGAAUAUGGCAAGUGCCUUGUAGAAUGAAGCAUUGCAGGUGCAAGAAGUGUAAUUUUUUUUUUUUUGGGGGGGGGGGGG